AGAGAGAGUGAGAAAGCUGAGUGGGGAGAAGACGUUCCCAGAUCAGUCAGUGGCUUCAUGGAGUUAUGUGUCUCUGAUCCGCCGCCAUGGAUUGCAAUCCGCGAUCACUCCUUUUCGUUUUACUUCUUUUGUUGUCCUGCGUUAUCCGCGCGUUUCCCGUCUUCUAUCCCCCCAAUGAAGUCAACCUGUUAGACUCAAAAGCAAGCCAAGGGGAGUUAGGAUGGAUUUCCUACCCAUCACAUGGGUGGGAGGAGAUCAGUGGGGUGGAUGAGCACUACACUCCCAUCAGGACCUUUCAGGUCUGCAAUGUGAUGGACUACAGCCAGAACAACUGGCUUCGGACCAACUGGAUCCCUCGCCAAUCUGCUCAGAAGAUCUAUGUGGAGCUGAAGUUCACACUGAGGGACUGCAACUCAAUCCCGUUGGUCCUGGGCACCUGCAAGGAGACAUUCAACCUCCUCUACCUAGAGGCAGAUGAUGACCAAGGCAGCCACUUCCAAGAGCAUCAGUUCUCCAAGAUUGAUACCAUUGCUGCUGAUGAGAGUUUUACUCAAACUGACCUUGGAGAUCGCAUUCUCAAGCUCAAUACUGAGGUACGCGAGGUGGGUCCCAUGACCAAGAAGGGUUUCUACCUCGCGUUCCAGGACGUGGGCGCCUGUGUAGCUUUAGUUUCAGUAAGGGUUUACUUCAAGAAGUGCCCGCACACUGUGAGGAAUCUUGCCUCUUUCCCUGAUACUGUCCCCAUGGACUCCCAGUCACUGGUGGAAGUCAAAGGCUCAUGCGUCAAUCACUCCAAAGAGGAAGAGCCUCCUCGAAUGUACUGUAGCACAGAAGGGGAGUGGCUUGUUCCUAUUGGGAAGUGUCUGUGUAACCCAGGAUAUGAGGAGAGAAGCAGCACCUGCCAAACGUGCAGGGCAGGCUUCUACAAAUCUACUCUCGGGAAUAUGGAGUGCUCAAAGUGUCCACCUCAUAGUUUCUCUCACCAUGAGGGGUCUCUGCACUGUGGCUGUGAGAAAAACUACUUCCGUGCUGAGGGAGACCCUGCUUCUAUGGCCUGUACUCGACCUCCUUCAGCUCCCCGGAACGUAAUCUCUUCCAUCAAUGAGACUUCUGUUAUCCUGGAAUGGAGCUGGCCUGAGGACACCGGAGGGCGCAGGGAUAUCACCUUCACUGUCCUCUGCAAACGUUGCCGUGCUGUUGCUGCUAAUGGCAGCAGCGGUGGGACCCAGCGUUGUGAACCUUGCCGGAGCAAUGUUCGCUUUCUGCCAAGAGCCAUGGGACUGCACAACACCACAGUGACGGUUGGCGACUUGUUAGCCCACACUAACUACACAUUUGAGAUUGAAGCACAGAACGGUGUGUCAUCGCUGGCGCCAAAGAUGAGACAGUACGCUGCCGUCACCAUCACCACCAACCAAGCUGCUCCCUCUCCAGUAGCAGUGAUCAAAAAGGAGAAGACAACUCGAAGCAGUGUCUCCCUGUCCUGGCAGGAACCAGAAAGACCCAACGGUAUCAUCCUUGACUAUGAGAUCAAAUACUACGAAAAGGAGGAGCAGGAGACCAGCUACACAAUCCUCCGUGCUCGAGGUUGUAAUGUGACCCUGAAUGGUCUGAAGCCCAACACUGCGUACUUGCUUCAAAUCAGAGCCCGUACCGCAGCAGGAUAUGGAGCCAGCAGCCCCACUUUCCAGUUCGAGACCAGCCCUGACUCAGCCUUCUCUAUCUCAAGUGAAAGCAGCCAGGUUGUUUUGAUUGCCAUUUCUUCUGCCGUAGCCAUCAUCCUGCUCACUGUGCUUCUCUACGUCCUGAUUAGCAGGUUUUGUUGCCGGAGCAAAUCCAAACAUCCUGAUGAAAAAAGACUGCAUUUUGGCAAUGGACACUUGCGUCUGCCAGGGAUCAGAACCUAUGUGGACCCCCACACAUAUGAGGACCCGAGCCAGGCUGUGCACGAGUUUGCCAAGGAACUGGAUGCCUCCUGCAUUGCCAUAGAUAAAGUGGUGGGAGCAGGUGAAUUUGGAGAAGUCUGCAGUGGUCGCCUGAAGUUGCCCAGCAAAAAGGAGAUCUGCGUGGCCAUCAAAACUCUUAAAGGUGGAUAUACAGACAAACAGAGGCGGGACUUCCUUUCUGAGGCAUCAAUCAUGGGACAGUUUGACCACCCUAACAUCAUCAGGCUGGAGGGGGUGGUAACACGCAGUAAACCUGUCAUGAUCGUCACCGAGUACAUGGAAAAUGGAUCUCUUGACAGCUUCUUAAGAAAACAUGAUGCCCAGUUCACAGGAAUCCAGUUGGUUGGCAUGCUGCGCGGUAUUGCUUCAGGCAUGAAGUAUCUGUCAGACAUGGGUUACGUUCACAGAGACUUGGCCGCUCGAAACAUUUUGGUCAACAGCAAUCUGGUGUGUAAAGUGUCAGACUUUGGCUUGUCCCGGGUGCUGGAGGAUGACCCGGAGGCUGCUUACACAACCAGGGGAGGUAAAAUCCCUAUUCGGUGGACCGCUCCAGAGGCUAUCGCCUACAGGAAGUUUACAUCUGCCAGUGAUGCUUGGAGUUAUGGCAUUGUGCUAUGGGAGGUGAUGUCAUAUGGGGAACGACCAUACUGGGAGAUGUCCAAUCAGGAUGUAAUAAAGGCUGUAGAUGAAGGUUACCGACUGCCCCCACCCAUGGACUGCCCUGCCACCCUCUACCAGCUCAUGUUGGACUGCUGGCAAAAGGAGAGGAACAAUCGGCCCAAGUUUGAGCAGAUAGUUAGCAUCCUGGAUAAACUCAUCCGCAACCCCGGUAGCCUCAAAAUCACAGCGAACACCACAUCCAGGCCAGCCAACUUGCUGUUGGACAGAAGCAGUUCAGAGGUUCCCUCAGUGGGAACGAUGGGCGACUGGAUGGAUGGAAUGAGGACCUUGCCCUGCAAGGAGGCCUUCUCUGGGGUCAGCUACAGCUCCUGUGACACACUGGCCAAAACCUCCACAGAUAGAGUGGUUCUGACGGAGGUCCACGUCACACAAGCCACUUGCCCAGAAUGGGAGCCAUCCAUGGGGAUCACCACUCUCUAACACCCAGCUCCUCUCCACCCUACUCAAGCUCUGGAUGGGAUCUAAAAAAGGUUGGAGUGACUAUUGUAGGACCGCAGAAGAAGAUAGUGAGCAGCUUGAAAGCCCUAGAUUCUCACAACAAGAAUGGCCCAGUACCUGUUUAAAAAAAUGGACCCGACAAAUGAAAACCACCAGAGACCUAUCUGUUGGUCUGUGUUGACAGACUGUGUUUGCUAAUCGCACUCUAACACAGUGGCUGCAUAUUCAGACUGAAAAUGGCGGAAAAAUAUGGCAUGAUUCAAAUGAUGUCUUUCAUUGUUUCAUUUGAAAGAUGUCCUGGCAGAGAAGUGGAGAAGAGCUCAGUUCAGUUCUACCUGCUAGGUAACUGGCUGACUCAACCCUCUGCCCCUCUGUGCCCAUGUUGAGUUGCCUUACAGACUAAGAGGGGGGUAGAAAGCAGAGAAAAGAGAAGAAGGUCAGAGAGACCUGAUCAGGAAGACAAAGGAGAACUGUACUGGGAUGCAGGGCAAGGACUGCAUUAACAUAUAGCCGGACGUCUCCAUAAUUAUGGCUUAACCACAGCACGCCCGAGAAUCAGCCUGUAGUCCAAGGUAGUGAAACGACUGAAACACCUUGCGAAAAAGAGUACGGCGGACAGCAGCAGCUGCCCCACUUGUGGAGCCCUCCUGAAGUGAGGAAGUCUGAAGCGUGAGAUUUUGUUGCAACUACCUUCAUUUACCGUCUCUAUCCAUGCGAGAUCUCAGCUGGAAUGGACACACCGAGAUGCUAACCGAGCCAUUUUACUCUGUAGCUCUGAUCUAUAGCAUUUGCAUUCAGUAGACAUGUCACUUAAAAGCAAUAAUGAUAUAAUCAGUGGAAUAAUUUCAUUGUAUGGAAGCCAUGAGUCUAUCACAUGUAAAAUGUAUUGAAUGCUGUGCUUUAAAAAUAACAGGGGCCAUAAAUCACUUCACCCACAGAUUUUUCUUUAUGGUGACAUCUGUGUUCUUUGUGCUUAUGAACAGAUAUUGUACAGUUUUAGUGCAGUUCUCUCUGUAACCCCUUUGUGUGAAAUCUCAGGAUGUAUACUUCCUUAUGUUUUCUCAAGCAAGGACAAACUGAUGGGAAAAAUGGAGCAAACUAGAACUGAGAAUUCAGGUUAAGAAACAUGUGCAAGAAAAGGGGAAACAGAGGGAUGAUGAUGAGAGACAACAAGUAAAAUCAAUGUCAGCCCUCUGCUUCUGCUGUUGAUGUAUUGCAGAAGUGUGAUAUACUCAGAGCUCAUGUUUCUUCUUUAAGGAAGACAAUUUAGCAUCAUCAAACUCCCACAACUCUGAUUUACUUUCUAAAGAGUGGAAUUUUUGCCUGUGUAAGAUCAGUUUAGUAGGUUGAGAUUAACACUGCCUAUCUGAGGUUAUAGUCCAGUAACUUAGGUUUGAAUUCAUAAUUUAUUAAUAAAAGCCAUUUAGGAGUUGUCAUUUUGUUUGAUUGGAAAAAUUUGUGUUAAAAAUAGUUUGUUAUAUUGUAAAAUUAACUUUAACCAAUUAUUUUUGGUGUGUUUAAUGCAAAAAAAAGUUGAGUGCCUCCUGUAGUUGGACUUGGUUUUGGUUUGACGUCAAGAAAGUCUUGGCCUUCUUUCUCUGUUCUCUUUGGGAUAUAGAGUUGGUUAUUACCUAAACUAACUAGAUUUUGCCCUGAAAGAGAUGCAGCAUAUCUAAUAGAUGAUUGCUUUCUGAGAUAGUAUCCAAGUACGUCAUAUCUCCAGUAUGGGCUUUCCUAAAAGCACCUUAGAAGACCUUUGUACAGUGAAGUACUUUACGAUGCUAGUCUCCUGCUUUGAUGUCACCCAGUCAAUGCCUCAGUGCAACAUGUACCCAGAUGUUUUGAACUGGCACUUUGGUACUUUGUGCUUUUGGUUGGGUAAUAUGUAACAAGAAGGAUGCAAUAUUUAAGUUUCUUCAAGCACUUAGUACGCAGUAUUGCAGCACUUUGAAAUGAAAUGUUAUUGCCUUGGCGCUAGAUUAAACUUGUCUAACAGACGGGGUGAUUUUGGUGCUUUUGGGAAACCCAGCCUUGGUCAGUCUGUCAGUCCUGUCUUCUUUUCUUUGGUCUACCUGUGGAUGCUACUGUUGCUGCUAUGUGUUUUAAUUAGCAUGUACAUAAUGUAAACCAUUGUUAUUAUGGCAACUAGCACUACAGAUCCCACUAUAUGUACAUGUCCAUCCCUUUUUUGUACAAAUGUUUGUAUGUAUAAAAGCCUGAAUAAAAAUUGUGCAACAUUUUUAAUUAAAAAAAACAAAGAAAAAUCAUUUGUAUUUUAUUUUAUCUUGUUUUGAAUUAUAUUUGUCAGCUUUGUUUUUUUUCUACAAUAAAAAGGCAAUUAUGAUUACGUUAUUUAUUUGUUAACAUUAUACAGUGCAUUGUUCGUUUUUUGGGAGGGUGGGGUGAGGGGCGUAGAGUAAAUACUGUGUCAAUGCUGUCUGUGUUUUGGUUCUAGACUUACUUUAUAAAAAUGACACAGCUGAGAGAGCAAUACUGUUAUAAGCCCUAUAUCCAGAUUCCUAAAUUUAUGUUUCAAGUCUGAUUCGAGUGUCUGUGUGAGAGUUUAUGUGUGGAAAUGUAGAUCGCCUUGUCUACUAAUGUAAAAUGAUUUGUAGUGGAAACAUUUAUAUUUUUAUAAUAAAUAUUCUCAAAAUAUUUUCCAAAAAACGGAUGAUGACAGACCUGCUCCUGUGUUUUUUUAUUUGAUCAUGUCAUAGUCAUGCAGGCCGACAAUUGAUUUUUAUUACGAGCCCAUGAUUCACAUGUUAAAUAGACCAAAAGUGGAAGUUGUUUUUUUUAAUCUAAAACAUUAUUAAAUGUCUUUUUUCUUUUUAUAAUUUUACACCCAAGGGAAUUUUUUAAUCAGAACUCAAGCAAUCCCAAAAUUAACAUUUGAAGUAUACAAUCCAAAUGAUCACUGAUAGGCACCAUCAAAAACCGCACUCAUGGAACUGGUAAUAACAAUCUAGGGUACUUUACAAUGAGAAAAUAACUGAACCUUUAUUUUAAACUCAGUAGGUUUGUGAAAUAUAAAUAAAAAUCAGGGCAUUUAUAAUGUAAUUAAAAUACACAGAAUCAAAAUUCCAAAUUAAAGAAAUUAUUAGAGCUUAGAGUUUAAUUAGAGUUUGGGAAAAUGUUAUGGUUAUUUAACUAACAAGCUAAAACAAGUUAAAUAUAAUUACAGUGUAAUUCUUAUAAGCAUGAUGUCCUAUCUUCCUCCCCUCACCCCAACUGGUUAUGGCCCAUAGCUGCCUGUCUCUGAUCCUGGCUGUGCUGGAGGUUUCUUCCUGUUAAAAGGGAGUUUUUCCUUCCCACUGUCGUCAAAGCACUUUCUCAAAGGGCGUCAUGAUUGUUUGGGUUUUUUCUGUCCUUUGUUCUUUGUAUUAUUGUAGGAUCUUUACCUUACAACAUAAAACGCAUUGAGACAACUAUUGUUGUGAUUUGGUGCAACAUAAACAGAAUUAAAGAGAGUACACAUGUGUCACAUUAAUUUUCAAGAAAUUUUCUUUAACAGCUGGAAUGAGUUCAACAUGAUGUACAUAUUUUACCAGCAUUAGGGGUAUCAGGAUGAAUCAUACCUUUAUCGGAAUGGUUAACAAAGAAAUCAGUUUCAAAACUAUGAUUGAUUGAUUGCAAUUGAUUAAAAAAAGACGCACAGAUAUAUGUAAACAUGCCUCUGCCACUUAAAUAGGAAUCUCAAAUUGAUAAAACAAGUAGGCAAUUUUGUAAUUAUUCUUCUUCUGUCUACCUAUAAACACUUACCAGGAUAAAAGAAUAAUUCCAUCUGUGUAUAUUAAACAAAGUAUUAAGAUUCCAACAUUUCCCAAACCAAACCAAAUGAUGUAUUUUUCCCAUUGUAUCAAUGCACACCAACUUUGUAAAUAAACAACUU